CUCCCCCCCCCCCUCUCUCUCUCUCUCUCUCUCUCUUUCUUUCUCUCUUUCUCAUAUCACUCUGUAAGUGUAUACUGCUGCUGUAUCUCAUCUCUGUGGAACAGAGAAAAUGAGUAAUAGGCACGGACCGCCGAAGCAUCAAAACAAGUACGUAUGGAAGCCAAACGCUGGUCACAAAAAGAACGAGACGGAACUCGGAGGAAAGUUUAGGCCUUUCUCGGAUAUUACUGGUGUUUGUGCUCGUUGUAAAGACCAGAUCGAAUGGAAACGCAGGUACGGGAAAUACAAGCCCCUUACUGAGCCUGCAAAAUGUCAGCGUUGUUCUAAACGAGCAGUUCGGCAGGCUUACCACAAUCUCUGUUCUGCUUGUGCCAAGGAUCAAAAUGUUUGCGCCAAGUGUUGUUGCCAUGUUGAUCAGAUAAUUGGAAGAGACUGUUCAGAAAUAGAGGCUGAGGAAAAAACACUUGAGGAAGCUAUUAAGAAUGCUCGAGAGAGGGACAGACGGACCCUUCUACGUGCUAUGAACAAAGGUAAAUCAAAUACUACUGUGAAAACUACAACAAAUGGAGAGAGAAAUAAAGUGGGAGAAUUAUUUCCAGCUGCGUCACUUGAUGAAUAUGCCGAUCUCAGUAGAGAGGAUGAUAAUGAAGACGAAUAUGACGAUGAUGACCAUAUAUGUAAUUGAGAGGAGCAGAUUCAUAUCUGCUUUUGGUAUGUCAGUUUGCAGCCUAACAACUAACUCUCUUUACAUUGACCAAGAUGAGUUUGCACCAAAAUUUUUUCUCCAUCCUGGCAGUUCAUUUGAGAUAUAUGUUAUAACAGAGAAGCAUGGAUUUCAUCCUUUCCUUGGUAAGCAGAUAUUGGAAUGUCUAUGCAUUUGAUGCAUUUAAAACAUUGUAUUAUAAAAAUGAA